AUGGCCUGUGUUGCAUAUGCAGGUGAUCCAACUUGCUUGAGGAUCGACGAUUUACGUGGUCUAUCGCAGAUCCUCCAAGAGAAAGAUAUCUGGUUCCAUGUCGACGCCUGUCACGGUAGCCAACUUGCCUUUUCAGAAAGACAUCACCAUAAGCUGCGAGGCAUAGAAAAAGCAGAUUCAAUCAGGGUUGACCCGCAACAAGCAAUGCUAAUUCCUUAUGAGUGCUCUUUGGUCUUGUUUCGUGAGCACAGUACCCAAGCCUCCCUGUCGACCGACUCAGACUCAAUCCCCAACGCGCAGUGGUCGUUUGGAGAGACUGGCCCUUUCGCUGGAUCUAGAGCUUUUGAUUCAUUGAAGAUUUGGUCCUCGAUCAAAAGCCAUGGAAAGAACAUCAUGGGCCGGAUGAUCGAUGGAAGACUGGAACUCACCAACGCGAUCCAGUUGGAGGUUGAACACCGACCAACCCUCAUACUUUUGGGCGGAACUGACAUCAACUCGUGCAUGUUUAUAUACGUCCCCGCAAGUGUUCAGCGAUAUUGUAUUGAACACAACAUUCGUCUCUCAGAUGCAGACUUGGAGAAAGUCAACCAGCUGAAUCUCCACAUCCAAGAUAUAAUCCACCGAGAACGUGUCUACUAUAUCUAUGGGUUCCCUCUUCAAAACUGCCCGCAUGACCGUUUCAUAGAGCCUGGUAAGACAGUCUUUGUCCUACGUAUCUUGAAUGGGAAUCCUCAGUCAACCAUGGAGAAUGUGAGAGGCUUGCUGGACAGAAUCGAAUACUUGGGAUGGGCUCUUCUUAUAGAUCGCCAGUACAUAUGUAUGGGGGACACUCGUGGCUCGUCAACAAAUCGUCUAGAAAGAGCCGAAAGGAACCUCACUCAAAAGCUGUAUGACUUAUUCGACGACAAUGACUUCGCCGCCGUUGUCUAUGGUUCUUCCGCACUUCAAAACAAUACUAUACUGUCGAAUAUCGAUCUAAUGAUAUUUGCUCACAGCGCUGACUCCUCGGAAAUACAACAGGUAGUCUCAAUCUUCCUCUCUGUGAUGGAAGGAGAAGGGAUCCUGAUGGACUUUGAGAUCCCGCUUCACCGAAGACUCCUAGUAACAUUCGAAUUCGCCCGCCAAGCUGCAGAGUCCGGACCUCCUUUGGACGAAGCGGGACAUGUUUCAAACAUUUCUAGUACGCCAGAGUACUUGUGA